CUUUCUCCCAGCCCUGACACAGAGAGACUUCCAAGGCUCCCCUCACCACAGCCCUCAGACUAGGCAAUGAUGUUGCUGCCUCUCCAAAUGGCCCUGGUGUCAUCAUGCCUCAUGGGGAUAUUCAGAGGAGACCACCUGGUCUUCGGUGCCCCCAGCCCCCCAACCGACAAUUCAUCUAGCAGUAAGUUCACCCUGGACUUGGCCCUUGGCUCUUUCGAUGACCAGUACAAGGGCUGCGAGAGCCAGAUGGAGGAGAAGGUGGGGCAGCUCCAGCAGGCGGAGUUUGCCAGCAACAACCUUUAUGCCCAGGCCUGGAAAGCGGCGGCAGCAGCCUGGCGUGAGAAGGCGGCUUCUGCCUCAGUGCCCAAAGGCCUGAAGCCCGAGUAUGCCACCGCCAUUGUGGCGUAUACGGGGGAGCGCCUCUACAGGGAUUUCAACGUGGCCAUCCGGACAGCCGGGCGCAGCAAAGAGGAGUACCUCAGCCAGUUCCGCUUCAAGGCCUUCCACUUCCUCCUCACCAGAGCCCUUCAGGUCCUGCUUCCCACCAACCCCAACAAAUCCAGAUGCUACCAGGUGUACCGUGGGGUCAACAACAAGUUCACCUUCAGGGCUGUGCUAGCUCAAGCCAUCCGCUUCGGCCAAUUCACCUCCUCAACCCUGAAGAAGGAGGUGGCCCAGUCUUUUGGGCAGGCUGGGAGGAAGACCAUCUUCCGCAUCACGACCUGCCUCGGGGUCUACGUCAAGCAGUUCUCCUACUUCCCGGAAGAGGAGGAGGUCCUGAUCCCGCCCUACGAGAGGUUCGCCUUUGUGAGCUCCAAGGAGGAGGGAGACACAACCUGGAUCCAGCUCCGCUCAGAGGGGGAGUUCAGCCAUUACAACUGUGAAUAUGUGAAAGGCUCUAAACCAUGACAAAUUGGAGGACUUUCCCCCAGGAUUGUCCUGGCCGCUUUCCAGAUUAGCUGCCUAACAGCAGGAAAAUGCCUCCGUUCAGGCAAAUUGCAUUUGGAAUGUAAACAGCAGGGGGAGCAGUCUCGCGGAAACUAACAACCCGAAAAACCAGCAACUUCCUUAUGCCGGAUAUGCAAUGCCAUAGCACUACAUUGCAGUGAUUAAAUUCGAAACAAGCUCCCUGCUGUCAGCGUAGGGACUGCGGUAACACAACGCAGGAAGUGUGGAAGCACCCUUCCAAGAUCCGGCAUGACCCCAUUGCAGGGUCCAAUCUGGAAAGUGCCCUGGUCCUUUUCCUGCCUAGGAAGCCACAUAUGUGUCCAAACAUCUUUAAAACAAAA